GAGAGGGGGGAGAUGGAACGAGUCUUCCGCUACGUAAUCUCUCUAUCUCACUGGCAAUAUAUGUACACAUAACACUAUUCAUCUCAUCUCUUCCUCUUCAAUUUCGCAUCUUCUCCUUCUCAUUCCAACUCCAAAAUACACACACACGAUGGAAACCUUCCUCUUCACCUCAGAAUCUGUAAACGAGGGCCACCCCGACAAGAUCUGUGACCAGGUUUCUGAUGCCAUCCUCGAUGCUUGCUUGGAGCAAGACCCAGAGAGCAAGGUUGCCUGCGAGACCUGUACAAAAACCAACAUGGUCAUGGUCUUUGGGGAGAUCACAACCAAGGCCAAGGUGAACUACGAGAAAAUAGUCCGCGACACUUGCAGAGGUAUUGGGUUUGUGUCUGCUGAUGUUGGUCUCGAUGCUGACAAGUGCAAUGUUCUUGUCAACAUUGAGCAACAGAGCCCUGACAUUGCACAGGGAGUUCACGGCCACUUGACCAAGAAGCCCGAGGAAAUCGGAGCCGGUGACCAAGGCCACAUGUUUGGUUAUGCCACAGACGAAACACCCGAACUAAUGCCACUCACUCAUGUGCUUGCUACCAAGCUUGGUGCCAAGCUCACUGAAGUGAGAAAGAACAAGACAUGUCCUUGGUUGAGGCCUGAUGGCAAAACCCAAGUGACUGUUGAGUACAGGAAUGAUGGUGGGGCAAUGGUCCCUAUCCGUGUGCACACAGUCCUCAUCUCAACCCAACAUGAUGAAACUGUGACAAAUGAUCAAAUUGCGAAAGAUUUGAAAGAACAUGUGAUAAAGCCUGUGAUCCCAGCUGAGUACCUUGAUGACAAUACCAUCUUCCACCUCAACCCUUCAGGUAGGUUUGUGAUUGGAGGACCUCAUGGAGAUGCAGGACUCACUGGGAGGAAGAUCAUCAUUGAUACCUAUGGUGGGUGGGGUGCUCAUGGUGGAGGUGCCUUCUCUGGCAAGGAUCCUACCAAGGUUGAUAGGAGUGGUGCAUACAUUGUUAGGCAAGCAGCAAAGAGUGUGGUGGCUUCAGGGCUCGCGCGCCGUUGCAUUGUGCAGGUUUCCUAUGCAAUUGGGGUGCCUGAUCCACUGUCUGUGUUUGUGGAUACCUACAAAACUGGGAAGAUUCCAGACAGUGAUAUUCUGGCUUUGAUUAAGGAGCAUUUUGACUUCAGGCCUGGAAUGAUUUCCAUCAAUCUUGACCUCAUGAGAGGGGGAAACUUCAGGUACCAGAAGACUGCUGCUUAUGGCCAUUUUGGAAGAGAUGAUCCUGAUUUCACAUGGGAGACAGUGAAGAUACUCAAGCCCAGUGCUUGACUGAUUCAUUGGCAUUGGUGUUGUUUCUUAAGGUGGUUAUCAUCGUAAUUGGUAACCAUCUUUCUGAUUUUGGGUUAGGAAAAUAAUAAUAAAGGAGCUUCGGUGAGUACAUACUUCAUUUAAGAUUGUGUUUCUCGGCUUGGAUGAGGAAUGGGAGCGGAAAUGUGCUGUGUCCUAAGUGGAGGCGUUUGCACAAUAGGAGCAUGCAAGCAGCAUUAGCUGGCUAGCUACCUCUUUUGGUUUUUGCCUUUUCUCUUGAAAUUUUCUUUGUUGUUCACCUUUUUUUAUCCCUCGCCUUUCUGAUAUUUGAUUAUUUUGCAACCAAUCUUGCGUGGUUGGGGUAAACUUAGAAUGCCAUUUGUUUGAUUCUUUCUUUUGACACUGUUUAAUUAUAUA